AUGGCUAGCUCUUCUAGCUCUUCUAGUUCUUCCUCUGUUUUAGAGGAUUCUUCCAGUCCAUUUCAUCUCCAAAAUGGAGAUUCUCCUGGCUCGAUUUUGGUCUCGAAUCUCCUUACGGGAGACAACUACAAUAGUUGGUGUAGAUCAAUGGAAAUGGCUUUAAAGGCCAAGAACAAGAUAGGCUUCAUCAAUGGUGCGAUUCCCCAACCAGUUGAAGCAGAUUCUUCAUAUCCUAAAUGGGAUCGGUGUAACAGCAUGGUUUUAUCAUGGAUUCUCAAUUCAGUGUCAAGAGAUAUUCGAGAAACCGUUGUCUAUGCAAAAACUGCUAAGGAUAUGUGGGAUGAGUUGAAGCAUCAGUUCUCUCAAGGCAAUGGACCACGGAUUUUCCAGUUGCAAAAAUAG